AUUGUACACGACACCUCCAAAGAAAUACCAGUACUUUCAGUGCAGUAGGGUUGGGUAAGUUAGUCUUCAUAUGUAUGUUUGGUCAUGAAAAGAAAGUAUUUCUUAUUGAGUCAUCUGAACAAUAGGUAUCUCUCGUUUUUCCUCCAUCUUUGACUUUUCUCACAAAUCGUUAUUUUUCUCUCGCUUUUCUGUUGGACAUCAGCUGUUGAACGAAAUAGAAACUUACGACAAAAACUAUGCUCUUGUAAAAUGGCUUCAAGUGUUGUUCGAAUUCUAGUGGAUACACAAACUUGGUCCGAUCAGGUGGAUUCGUCCUCAGAAUUCCAUCUAUUACUUCCCGAAGAAAAAUCGCAAGUAAAACGAUACUAUUUUGCCAAAGAUGCGAAUAUGGCUAUGGCUUCCAUGCUCGUGAAGCGCCAGGUACUUGCUACCCUGUUUUGUACGGAUCCUGAGUCUGUGCGAUUGAGUGUAUCAGAAAACGGCCGUCCUUACUAUCCUAAAGAGGUAUCCCAGGACACUAUUUUUGAUUUCAAUGUGUCUCAUUAUGGCGGUAUGGUAGUAUUCGCGGGAAUAUGGGUUUCAAAGAACAGUUCUUCUUCUAUGCUACACCAAAAUAAAAUUGGAAUAGACAUUGUUGAAUGUAAACCGUUAACCGAUCAACCAAACUGGAUGGACGAUUUUGAAUUCGUAUUUAGUCGAGAACAAUGGAGCCGAGUCUUGUCCUACUCCGACCCAUUGGCAGCUUUUUUUCUAUUUUGGGCUUGCAAGGAAGCCGUUUUAAAGUCACUUGGAUUGGGGCUUCAUGGCAACCCUGCUCUCGUUGAAUUACAAAUCCCAGUUUUCCAGGAUCUAGUAUACGGCAGCAAGCUAUGUGCGUUUCGUGCUGGAACCGCUUCCUACCUAGAGAAUCAUUUUCGAAUUGAGUUACACAGAAAAAACAUUCAUGGAUCUAUUUUUUUCAUUGCGAUUGCUUAUCCUGUCGAUCAUGAUUUUACAGAGUCAGAUUGGCUAGAGGUAACAAGUCUGUCUAAAGACUAUUUAAAACAGAAAAUUACUGAAACUUUUCAUUACAAUCUUUGA